AUGCGUCGUAGCAUGAAAGCCCUUCCCAGCGGAUUAGAGACUAAAUUCCAGAAAUUGAUGGGCCACUCUGAUGAUGACCCAGUCAAUGGCCGCAUCCGCGCGAAUGGGUUCGGUGUCAAGAUAAACGGAUACGAGCAUCUUGCAGAGGAAACACUGAGCCACUACGUGCACGCGGUCAGGACAAUCUAUCCCGGCGAGGAGAUCACAAUUUCGUACAUUUUCAACGAUCAUAAGCAGGCGAGGCUUUCAGAGGAGCUCGGUGAUUGGAACUUCAAUACGGAAACCCUCACCUCGCUUCACCAGCAAGAGAAUCUGCAAACAGACAUAGGCAGAGCAUACAAGCAUGCCGCUAAAGUCUACGGCGGCUACGGAAAGAAAUACGAGGCAAUGAAAUAUGCUAGGCUGGCUGUAGAAAUGUUGUACUUGUCCAAGGGGUUUAGCCAUCUUGACUUUAAGAAGAAGAAGAAGGAGAUGGCCAAUAAUCGCGACGGAAUGAACCACGAAGCAUCGUCAUUCUCGUCGUAA